UAGCCUGCGAGGAAGCGUGGAAAAAACUGAAUGUUUGCAUGAAUAUGCGUACUUAUUUAUUUUGUAGAGCACUAAUAAUUACACUAACACACUGCCUCCGGGGAGCUUCGUGCUGAAAGGGGGGGAGUUGAUGGGCGGCGGGCAGCCUUGUCCUUGUCAAAUGUUUCGUUAUCUGCCAACGCUGUCGUUGUUGUUGUUGUUGUCAAGCGAACGCUUUCCUUCUUCACACACCAGCAAACACACACACACACACAGAGAGAGAAAGGAGAAAGCCCGCCCAUCGCCACCCACUCUGCCCCUUUUGAUAGCGUCAACAUCAACUAAAACUGUAAGCGACUUCAAACGGCGCUUUGUCAGUGACCUUCGCGUGCUGGGGCGAUGGCAUAUGUUUUUCUUGCCACCCACCCAUUUGGGUGGCAAUGGGUGGGUGGGUAAAAUGGGUUGGAGCCAAGAGCUGGCAAACUUGAUUUGACAUAUGAUGUGCCCGUUCCGUUGGCGAUUCUUUCCUUGCUCCAAUCUGGCCCAAAUACAUUUAUCAAUAUCGCUUCUGGUCGAUUGAAAUACCAACAGGAGGCGGCGGCAAGUCAUUUGGUAGCGUAAAGAAAUCACCCAUUGCCCACUACUACUAGCCCACCCAAUCGGUCAUUAGCAUUUUCGGCGUGUAUUUAUGGGCAGAAAAUGUUGCGCCAUAAACAUGACAACAAAACAAAAUGCGACAAAUUUGCGACGAUUGCGUCCAUGUGCCCAUGUGGCACAGUGAGUUCCUCUGUGCCCCAGGGCCAAAUAAUUGUCAUCCAGAAUAAAAUAUGUAUGCACGAAUAUUGUUUGGCUUACGCUCAAUUGGAGGCCGGAGGCAUUGGCGAAAUAUCCUGGCGAAUAACCAGGCUCAUUCCGAAAGUCAGCCAGCCCAAUUGCAAUGCAGAAACAAUUGCAUACUUGACGGGGCAAAGUUUAUUUUUAUGCGAGCGACACUCGGUGGGGGUAUUGAGAAGUGGUUACAGUGAAGACUUGAUAACAGAAACCAAAAGGAUAAGCACCAUAUUUGUGUAGAAAAGGGAUUGGAGAUGUAAACUUUACAUCCACAUUUUACAUUUAUGUAGAAACAGGAUUGAAUGAGGAUGGCUAAUACAUCCCAAAGAUCGCCGCCUAAUGCAUAGCCAAUAAUUGCGUGUAGUUCUUAGGGGGCUUUCCCUGUACACACACUCAGCCUCAUAUCCACACGCACACGACUAGUGGAAACAAAUCAACUCUGUUUUGGCGCCACGCGGCGUAGUUGCUCUGCACUUUGGCAGACCGACAAACGCGACCGCGACUCUCGGCCAGAAGCACGGCUGAGGCUAAGGCCAUGGAACAGAGCAGAGCAGAGCUGCCGGAGAGCCCGGCCAAAAGGCAAAGGCAGCCAGCCCGGGCCAACUAGUUUUUCUUUGGCUCCUCCUUUUGGCUUUUAUUGUACACGGGGGUUUGUUGUUUAGUGUGCCAUUGGCGCUAACAACGUGCGGUUCGGUCUUGCGGUUUUCUCGCCGCCCGUUGAACUCAGUGAGCGGAAUAGAUUCUAGCCCGAUUUCGUGGUCUAAACACACACACACACACAGGGGUGUAGAGAAAGUGCAUUGAAGCCAGAUCUGCAGAUUACACAAACUUGAGUUCCUUGAACUCCCCAAAAUAUUAUACAUAUCUACCUACGUGGCUUUCUCGGGUUUUGUGUAACCCAUUUAGUUGGCUGCACUUUAAAGGCGAUUACUAUAAAUAUUAAUAGGAUUUAUUGAUUGACUGGCGGUGGGCCAGAGCCAGAUCGACACGAGGCUUCGCACUCAUGUCCUUUCUUUCGCCCACACUGCGCCUGGAGAAUCUGUCCACGCAGCCCACGAUGACGCAGGAUCAUGUGCCCGAGGACCAGCGCUAUAACAAACAGAAUAUCGUCGCUCAAUGGUGUGUGCCCAUCAAUGGCAAGAUGUACCGCAUCGAGCUGGAACAUGGCACAACCAGUGGGCGGCGCAUGAUUUGGGUCAAUGGACGGGAAGUCCUGCGUCGCGACUGGAUGUUCAAGCUGGUUGGCGAGGACACCUUUCACAUCGAUCAGACGCGCUGCAUCAUACGCGUUGAUCCUGCGCCGGGCUUCAAGUACGAGUACUCCCUCUACAUCGACGGCAAGUCGCACGACCAGUACACCGAGGACAUGACACGGCAAUAUCGACUGUGGCUAUAUACAGAUGAUGCGGCCGCUGAGGCGCCGCAGGAAUAUAGAAUAAUGCUCAAGCUGGACACGCUGAGUCUCUACGUAAACGAUGAGCUGCGCACCGAAGAGUCGGUUUUUGUUCACGGCGGCACAGACACCAAGUUCCUGCUGCAGGACACGGAAUUCGUGCUUCAGGCACGCUCAAGUGGCAAUAAACAUGAUGGCAUCGUUCACACUCUGCUGGCGAAUGGGGUGCCAGUUCCGGAGGCGAAGAUUCAGGAGAUUAUGCAAGAGCCGGUCUCCAUUUUGCAGAGCAGCAACUGAGGGGAAAUGGGAGGCUCCUCCCCAUACGAUACGAUAGGUUAACGUUUUGCAUUUGUUGAAUUUGUGCCCAGUUGUUAAUAAACGUUUUUCGAAACUUGUUUUCACAGUGA